GCGCCUCGAGCGGCGGAUUGCCGGCAAGCAUGGCGGCAUAUCAGUAUGACGAGACAGGCCAGUUCGGCUUCGUCAUCGUCGCCUUUUUGGCCAUCAUCCUCCUACCAUGGUCAUACAUCACUCUCAAGUCGCUCACGGCGGCAACGACGGCGACGAAGACUGCUCCGCCGUGUGCAGGAUGGCUAGACAAGGACGAGAGCAUCAAGAGAUCUACAAACGGUCGACAAGGCGCGCAAAAGCCACUUCCUUGGAAAACGCUCAUAUUGCUCAGUACUGGGUGGCUCGUGUUGGCCUACUACGGUCAGCGCGUCGCAAAGAUUGGACCAAACGCUGCAAUUUACGAUCCGUUUGCUAUCCUCGGCAUUUCGACUAGCUUGGGUGAGAAGGAAAUCAAGAGACACUACAAGCGGAUGACACUCAAAUUCCAUCCCGACAAAAUCAAGCUCAGCGAAAACCAGACGAAGGAGCAAGCAGAUGAGCACUUUGUCAAUAUCACAAAAGCAUACAAAGCUCUGACGGACGAAACUAUCCGCAAGAACUUUGAGCUGUACGGUCAUCCUGACGGCAAACAAGAAUUCUCGAUGGGCAUCGCUCUUCCCAAAUGGGUCGUCGAAUCGCAUAACAGCGGCUAUGUGAUCGGCAUCUACGCCCUUCUAUUCGGUAUCGCUCUACCUUACUUUGUCGGCCGUUGGUGGUACGGAUCGCGAAAGUAUACUAAAGAUCAGAUCCUCAAUUCGACCGCCGCCACCGUCUUCACCAAUCUCAAAGAAGAUUCCUCCUUUUCUGACCUUCUUGAGCUCCUCGCCAGUAGCGACGAGUUCAAUGGUCUCAAGCAGACCGAUAGCGGAGAGUACAGCAACGUCGAAACGCAGAUCAGAGUCUUGCUCAAGGCCAGAGGACGAGAUCUCUCUUCCAAUGCUCUGCUGCGCAAAACUCGAGCUAUGCGUGCUGCCGUUCUUCUCUAUGCGCAUCUCUUCCGCGUCAGCAUCAAGGAUGCCAAGCUUCUGCAAGAACGCAACGAGACAGUCUUGCUUGCGCACCAGCUGACGACAGCGCUCAGCAAUGUAGCGACGGCUUACUCGUGGCUGCAUACCCUGUCUCUCGUCAUCUCCGUCCAGCAACGCUUGAUGCAGGCUAUCCAUCCAACACUGCCCUCGCUACUGCAAGCUCCGGGUCUGACAAUCUCGGGAGCCGAAGCAGCUGCUCGAGCCGGUAUUCGAACAAUGAAAGAUCUAGCUCUAGCUGGCGACAAAGGCAAGGAAGUGCUCAAAGAUCUCGAACCGCGCGAUGCCCAGCGAGCAAUCGCCAUCGCACAACACUGGCCAUAUCUCGAGAUCGAGAGCGCCCAAUUCAAAGUGACGGGCGAGAAAGUCAUUACGCCUGGCUGCAUUGUCGCGCUCGUACUCAAGCUUCGUCUCGUGUAUCCACACAAGCCGAGUGAGAACGACGUCGAGAAGGUGUCUACCCAAGGACAGAUGACAGAGACGGUCAAAGAAGGCGAGAUGGAGAUCAAUGAGCUCAUCGGCCGAAAAGCCAAGGGUGCAGAUGGCGAAGAGCCUACACCCUUUGCGUGUGCGCCUCUCUUUCCUCGCCAUCGCAAGCCGACCUGGUCUGUCUUUGUUGGCGAUCAAAAGCUGGCAAAGAUCUUCGUAUUGCCCGCACGAUACACAGAUAUCGGAGCCAACUCGACGCGUACGAUCAGACAUACCUUCCAAGCACCGCCGGCGGCAGGCAUGUUCACUUUCCAAGCGUAUGUCAAGAGUGACAGCUACAUCGGCACCGACGUCCAGAAAGAUAUGAAGAUGGAGGUGAUACCCUUUGAAGCACUAGACGAUCUAGAUGAUGCGGAUGAUGACAUCUCUGAGCCCGAUGAGGACACCUUUGCUGGUCAGAUGGCUCAGAUGAAGGGCAAGCCUGUCAAGCGUAUCCCAGCAGCUCAAGAUGACGACGAUGAUGACGAUACUUCAGACGAUAGCUCAGAUGAUUCAGACGACUCUUCAGACUCGUCGGAUUCUUCAGACUCUGACUAGUCUGUUGCAUCUCUGCAUGCAUGCUCUGAUCUCGUGUUGCGUCGAGUGCAGAUCACUCCUCGGGGUCGUGUGU